UCACCAGCGGUCACACUACAGGAGGCAAGCAGCCUCACAGCACAUUCUGACCCUCAAACACAGGCUUGGAGAGAGAGACCGAAUCAGCACCUCACACACAUUGACAGAAACUGCUCGCUCCAGAGUGAGGCUCUCUUUACUCAACCAGCAUCACUAUCUUUCCUCUCGCUCUCUCUCUCUCUGACAUGGAGCUCCACAACAUCCGACACCACCACAGCCACCGGACCGACGACAAGCUCCAGAUGCUGAACCUCAACCAACGCCUGGAGACCUACCUGGGCCGAGUGAGGCUGCUGGAGGAGGAGAACAAGCUACUAUGUCAGGAGAUCCAGGCCCUGAGAGGCAGCGGCCAGGGGGGGCGGAUGGGCCUGGAGGACAAGCUGAGCCUGGCCAGGCAGGAGGUGGAGGAAGCCUGGAGGGAGAAGGACCGGGUGGAGCUGGAGCUAGGGAGCCUGGGUGAGGAGCUCCAAGCCCUGGGGCUGCAGAGACAGUGGGAGGCGGACGCCCAUGGGGAGGUGAAGAAGAAGCUGGCAGACAGCAGGAAGGAGAUGGAGGAGGAGAGGAGGGCUCAGAUCUGGUUAAGAGAGAAGGUGAGCCAGCUAGAGAAACAAAUCCAGUUCCAGAUACAAACCCACCAGGAAGAUGUUGCCGGCUUCCAGGCUACACUAAUCCAUGUCAGACCUGCACUGCCACCCCCUCCACCCCAAACGGGCACCCAGCUACCCAGCCUCCAGGAGCUGGGUGAAGAGUACUCCCAGAUGGCUGUCAGGGCGUGGCAUGAGGCGGCCAUGGUGUUUCAGGGCCAGGUGAACAGCCUGGAGGAGUCUCUAAACCAGGCCAGAACCCGGUUGGCCCAGGUGGGCCAGGAGAAGAUUGAGAGCCAGCUGAAACUUCAGGCCCUAGAGAAUGAGCUGGCAUCAGCUCAGGAUAGGAGGCAGUAUCUGGAGAGGAGUGUGGUCCAACAGAGAGACAGGCAGAGGCAGGAGAUACAAAACCUGCAGGCCCAUCUGGAGGUGUUGGAGAUGGAGAAGGGGGCUCUGGGAGAUCAGAUUGACACUCUCCUGAUAGAAAGUAGGGGUCUGCUGCAGCUGAAGAUGUCUCUAGGCAUGGAGGUGGCCACAUACAGAGCUUUACUGGACAAUGAAAGUCUGAUGGGGGAUUUCUCUUCAACAAAUCAGCUAAGGAGUACCUACAUGUCUGAUGGAGUGCCCAGCUCUCGAGGGGUUAAGCAAAGCUUCAAGACACAGCUGGCUACCAGUCACAUUAUCAGUCCUAUCUCUACCAUCCAUGGAGCAAGCCCACGAUCCAAUGUAACAAUGAUGUCCGCAUCACCAAUCUGGACUCAAAAUCGGGUAACCCUCAAUGAAACACCUGAGAGUUGUCGAAAGACAGAGGAAAGGCAGGUUGACUUUGGCAUAGGGUCCAACCGGCAGGUAAGUUGGUCAACACCUUACGCCAAAGUACCACAGGACGGAAUAUCAGUCGACCACUUCAGACCCCAAGAUGUCCAUGAAGAAGUCAACUAUGCUGAACCUCUCUCACCUCCCACUGAAGAGGCAGGAGCUGAUGUUGUAUCUUGGCUUGGAUCUGACCAUAAGGAACAAUCCAUGUGGGAUAUGGAAAAGGAGGAAGAGGAUCAGAACAUAGUCAGAACCUGGGUUGCUGAAGAGAAACCAGUUAUGGAAUCUACCAUGAGCCACCAGGUUGAGACCAGCUUCAGUAUGCCAACUGUGUUCAGCACUCAUGCUCAAGAGCUCUACAGCCCUUCAGUGAGCUAUGAGAGAGCACAUUCUACUGGUUCAGUGACAGGGGCACAUUCUGGUUGCUCAGCGAAUAAUGAUAAUGAUGUACGUUUUGAAAUGUUUUCUGAAAAAGAGGAACCUCUACUAGAUCUGAAUGCAUCGGAGGAAAGAGAUCUUGAAACAGCAAGGAAAGAUGCUGAAUGGGUGGGAAAUGAAGGCUUGGAAUCUGAAACUGCAUCAGUGCUAGAACAAGCAUUUGAGACAUUCACAAGCAGUCAAGCUUUUGAGUAUGGGGUGGGGAAAAGUGGUUACAACAAGCCAAUAGAGUUCAAUCAAGAGGACAAUAUGUCAUAUGAAUCUGCUCAAGCAUCCCACGGUUCAGACGAGGCCUUUCACCAUGUUAAAAGAGUGGAGGAAGAUGUUAUUAAUCUCACAAAAGAGGAUGAUGAAAAUGAUAUGUCUAACAAAGAUGAGGAGCAAUCGGAAGCUGAAUUGCACCCCUAUGGGUAUGGUAAGGAUAAUUGGGAAAGACUGGGAGGGUUCAAUAAGGAACAUGAUAUGACAGAAAGAAUCGAUGAGUUCAACCAAGAGGAGAAUAUCUCAUAUGAAUCUGCUCAAGCUUCUCACUGGUCAGAAGAGGUAUUUCACCAUGUUGAAAGAGUGGAGGAAGGUGAUAUACAUUUCAGAAAAGGGGAUGAUGAAAAUGAUAUGUUUAAUAAACGUGAGGAACAAUAUGCAUUGCACCCCAAUGGGGAUGUAAUGGAUGAAUGGGAUAGAGUGGAAGGGUACAAUGAGGAGAAUGGAAUUAGAGAAAGAACGGAUGAUUGGAAAGAAGGAAAGGAUCACAUGAAAGCGGAAGAGAUGAGGAAUAACAGAGAAACCCAACCCAAUCGGUCUGAUCAAGAGUAUAUACCAUCAGGCGGAGAGAAACUGAAUCAGUCUGAGCAAAAGCAUAUACCUUCAGGCAGAGAGAAACUGAAUAUAUCUGACAAAGAGGAUGAUGAUGAGGCAAACUACUCUCAAAAUACUUCUGUUUUAUGGAGGGCUGAGCUAGAAGGAAACAGCUACUCUCAGGACAACACACUGGCCGACACACACCCCCUGAUCCGUUACAAGAGCGACGAGACAGAUACCAACACUCAGGCUUCACACAUGGGCGAAAGUGACUCCAGUGAUGGUGAAGAGGACAGGGAGGUUGGCCAGACAGCAACAGGCACCUGGGGCGAAGGCAAGUCCAAACAGUUUGACACCAUGGAAGAUCUGUAUGAAGAGUCAGAAGGGGAUGUCAUAGAUCAGGAAAGUAACAUGGGCUCCACUCACACAGAGGACAUGGAUGCUAGCCAAACAAAGGAGCAUGCUACACAGGAGAACAAUGAGGAGAAUGCUGUAGAUCAGUUGAUUCAGAAGGCAGAAGAGGAGCAAUCCUAUGAGGAACUUACAGAACCUGGAGAGUACUCCAUUAUGUGCUCUGAUGAGGACUAUAAUGAAGAAAUAAUUGAUAGAUUGGUGGAGCAAGAGUUAGAGAAUUUAUCUAUAUCCAGUUACAAUGAACACUUUACUGGGCAGAUGAUUGAGAGCGAGUCAGUACUGAGUCUUCAAAUUGAGUCUCACACUGAACUUUCCCAGACACAAGACAUGUUAUACAGUGAGGAGGUAGAGCAGAUACACUCAGAGAGACUGAAUCAAACUGAGCAAAAGCAUAUAACCUCAGGCGGCGAGAAACUGAAUCAAUCUGAGCCAGGGUAUAUAACUUCAGGCGGAGAGAAACGGAAUAUAUAUGAGCAAGAACACAUACCCUCAGACGGAGAGAAACUGCAUCUAUCCGAAUCAGAGUAUAUACCUUCAGGCGGAGAGAAACUGAAUCAAUCCGAGCAAGAGAAUAUACCUUUAGGCGGAGAGAAACUGAAUCAAUCUGAACAUGAGUAUAUAACUUCAGGUGGAGAGAAACUGAAUCUAUAUGAGCAAGAACACAUACCCUCAGACGGAGAGAAAAUGAAUGAAUCAGAGCCAGAGAAUAUACCUUUAGGCGGAGAGAAAAUGAAUCAAUCUGAACAAGAGUAUAUAACUUCAGGCGGAGAGAAACUGAAUAUAUAUGAGCAAGAACAUAUACCCUCAGACAGAGAGAAAAUGAAUCAAUCUGAGCAAGAGCAUAUACCUUCAGGCGGGGAGAAACUGAAUCAAUCCGAGUCAGAGUAUAUACCUUCAAACAGAGAGAAAAUGAAUCAAUCCGAGCCAGAGAAUAUACCUUUAGGUGGAGAGAAACUGAAUCAAUCCGAGUCAGAGUAUAUACCUUCAAACAGAGAGAAAAUGAAUCAAUCCGAGCCAGAGAAUAUACCUUUAGGUGGAGAGAAACUGAAUCAAUCUGAACAUGAGUAUAUAACUUCAGGUGGAGAGAAACUGAAUCAAUCUGAAAAAGAGCAUAUACCUUUAGGCGGAGAAAAACUGAAUCAAUCUGAACAAGAGCAUAUACCUUUAGGUGGAGAGAAACUGAAUCUAUAUGAGCAAGAACACAUACCCUCAGACGGAGAGAAAAUGAAUCAAUCUGAGCCUGAGUGUAUACCUUCAGGCGGAGAGAAACUGAAUAAAUCAGAGCAAGAGCAUAUACCUUCAGGCGGAGAGAAACUGAAUCAAUCUGAACAAGAGUAUAUACCCUCAGGUGGAGAGAAACUGAAUCAAUCUGAACAGCAGUACAUACCUUCAGGUGGAGAGAAACUGAAUCAAUCCGAGCCCGAGUAUAUACCUUCAGGUGGAGAGAAACUGAAUCAAUCCGAGCCCGAGUAUAUACCUUCAGGUGGAGAGAAACUGAAUCAAUCCGAGCCCGAGUAUAUACCUUCAGGCGGAGAGAAACUGAAUAAAUCUGAGCAAGAGAAUAUACCUUUACGCGGAGAGAAACUGAAUCAAUCCGAGUCAGAGUAUAUACCUUCAAACAGAGAGAAAAUGAAUCAAUCCGAGCCAGAGAAUAUACCUUUAGGUGGAGAGAAACUGAAUCAAUCUGAACAUGAGUAUAUAACUUCAGGUGGAGAGAAACUGAAUCAAUCUGAAAAAGAGCAUAUACCUUUAGGCGGAGAAAAACUGAAUCAAUCUGAACAAGAGCAUAUACCUUUAGGUGGAGAGAAACUGAAUCUAUAUGAGCAAGAACACAUACCCUCAGACGGAGAGAAAAUGAAUCAAUCUGAGCCUGAGUGUAUACCUUCAGGUGGAGAGAAACUGAAUAAAUCAGAGCAAGAGCAUAUACCUUCAGGCGGAGAGAAACUGAAUCAAUCUGAACAAGAGUAUAUACCCUCAGGUGGAGAGAAACUGAAUCAAUCUGAACAGCAGUGCAUACCUUCAGGUGGAGAGAAACUGAAUCAAUCCGAGCCCGAGUAUAUACCUUCAGGUGGAGAGAAACUGAAUCAAUCCGAGCCCGAGUAUAUACCUUCAGGUGGAGAGAAACUGAAUCAAUCCGAGCCCGAGUAUAUACCUUCAGGUGGAGAGAAACUGAAUCAAUCCGAGCCCGAGUAUAUACCUUCAGGCGGAGAGAAACGGAAUAAAUCUGAGCAAGAGCAUAUACCUUCAAAUGGAGAAAAACUGAAUCAAUCCGAGCAAGAGAAUAUACCUUUACGCGGAGAGAAACUGAAACAAUCCGAGCAAGAGAAUAUCCCAUUAGGCGGAGAGAAACUGAAUCAAUCUGAACAAGAGUAUAUACCCUCAGGCGGAGAGAAACUGAAUCAAUCUGAGCAAGAGAAUAUACCUUUAGGUGGAGAGAAACUAAAUCUAUAUGAGCAAGAACACAUACCCUCAGACGAAGAGAAAAUGAAUCAAUCUGAGCCUGAGUGUAUACCUUCAAAGGGAGAGAAAAUGAAUCAAUCUGAGCCAGAGUAUAUACCAUUAGGCAGAGAGAAACUGAAUCAAUCUGAACAGCAGUACAUACCUUCAGGCGGAGAGAAACUGAAUCAGUAUGAGCAAGACCAUAUACCUUCAGGUGGAGAAAAACUGAAUCAAUCCGAGCAAGAGUAUAUACCUUCAGGUGGAGAGAAACUGAAUCAAUCUGAACAGCAGUACAUACCUUCAGGCGGAGAGAAACUGAAUCAGUCUAAGCAAGAGCAUAUACCUUCAGGUGGAGAGAAACUGAAUCAGUCUGAGCAAGAGUGUAUUUCCUCAGAGGUUAUGUAUUCGGUGCACUCUACGAUUCUAAUGACAUCUGAACACACAUCUCUUAGAGAAAGUUCAGUAGAAAUGUCCAAAGCAGAAUAUUUGGCUCAAGGUAAGGUCUUCAGUAGGGGACUGGGAACUGAAGUUGUACCAGACAAAAUAGGAGAGGAUGACCAGAAGCUUUCUAUGCUGACUCAUGCAGACUUCACUGAAAGCCAUUCUAUCCACAGCAGUUUAAAUAGCAGGCUUGAGAGUCAAACCAACAUGAACAACUUGGAUAUAGAAGAGUCCAACAGCAUAGAUGAUGAGUCGCCAAAUGCAAGCCAGUAUUUGCAACCUGUCACCAAAGCAAAUCUAACUGCAGAUCAGAAAGACUUGUUAGAUGUGGCGGUCUCCCACUAUGAGGAUUGCAAUGCUCUUAUAGAACAUUCUUUAGAGGAGGUCACUAGCAAUCAGGCAAGCCAUGAAUGUCUUCAGACAGAUGAAUGGGAAGUCUUAGAAAGUCCAAACAAACACCUAGAAUCUGGAGAUCCUUUUGCAGGUCACAAGAGAGACUCAGAGAGAUCAUCCAAAACUGACAGCAAAGGCCGGGACCUCCACAGCUUCCUCAGCUCUGGUGUACACAACAACUUCUGGGGUUCCAAUCUGGAGACAGGAGCCCCCUAUCAACCGGAUGAGCCAUAUGACCAUGUGACCGAGCUACCCAAUCAGAACCUAGACUUGGCUGACAACCUAUCCUGGGUGGAUUUGGAGAAUCCACAGGCGGCCAAUUGGAACACCAAGAUGGACAGUGACACACCUAAAGCGUCCACCCUUGAAGAAGAGGACAAACAGAUGCCCCCACAAGUGAAGCAGCUGGUGUGUAGAGAAGUGGUGGAGGGUGUGAAUGUUACUUCUGAAGGUUCUGAAGAUGAGGGAGACUCCUGGUCAUCUGGGGAAGAAUAGGAACAAUUUCAGCAUGGUUUCUAUAAGGAGUAAAGUAGAAGUACCAAAUGUUAUUGAGAGUGUAAAACUAUUUACACUUUAUAGGCUUUGAAUUUGAGCAUUGAUUCAUAUUGAUCCUCAAAGUGAAAAGUAAAUGAAAAGAUAAUUUCAUCCAAACAUGAAUGUACUAUGUCACAGAAUGUCAUGACAAUUCAAUUUGUAAUUGGCUGAGCAGUAAAAUAGGAGUCAGUGCUAUCCGGAAUCCUUGGGACGUCCCUACCCUAAACCCUAACCUUAACCCCUACCCUUAACUUAACCCUAACUAUAACCUUUACCUACACCAUUAAAAAUGUCAACUUCAAUGGGGUAGGGAUGUCCCAAGGAUCCCGGAUAGCACAGACCAUAAAAUAUUUCUGCUGUUUUCAAAAACCAAAGUUGUGCCUUGGUGAACACCCUGCUGAUACAAACCACCAUUGUACCUACUCCAUCGCAAGACAUUGAGUGCCAUUUUUUUAGGUUUUACAACUUGAUGUUUGAAUAGCAUUUUUUUUCCUUCUUGUUUUUAUUUUGUAUUUUUAUUAGCCCAUCCACCACUCCUUGUCUUUGGAGGACAAAAGUAACAAUUAGAAACCAAAUAAAGGACAUUUGAAAGUCAAA